AUGUAUCGAUGGCGAAAGAAGGAGAAAAAGGGUUCGGGGAGCUCUGGGGAGGGAGAAGAACCAGAAGCGUUCCUUCACAAUGAUGAUAAGGAAGAUAAAGCACCUCCCACCAUUACUGCAUCUGGAGCAGCCCCAGACGGUGGGGUGAGAGCAUGGCUAGUUGCAGCCGGGGGCGCUGCGAUAUUUUUUUGCUGCUUGGGCUUCUCAAACUCCUUUGGCGUCUUUACAGAGUACUAUCUGUCACACCAGCUCAGCGGAGAAUCCCCCGAUAAGGUUGCAUGGAUCGGGUCUCUGUCAGCCUUCCUCUUGUUUGCGACUGGGAUAGUGGGGGGACCAUCGUUCGAUCGUUUUGGCGCAUGGAUUAUAAUACCCGCCGCUGUUAUUUAUAUCUUUGCCAUAAUGAUGCUGAGCCUAUGCAAAAGCUACUGGCAACUUAUGCUUGUGCAGGGAGUUCUCAUGGGGAUAGUUAUGGGCUUCCUUCAGUUUCCAGCAUUUGCAGCAGUCUCUCAGUACUUCGACAAGAAUCGCGCCGCCGCCUUGGGUGUGGUGGUAUCUGGCUCCUCUGUGGGUGGAAUCAUCAUCCCCAUUGCUCUGUCGAAAAUGCUUAACAGUUCAGCUCUGGGGUUUGGGUGGUCGGUUCGAAUCAUAGGGUUUCUGAUUAUACCCUUCAUGCUUUUCGCAUGUCUAACCAUUAGCGCCCGGCUACCAUCUAGGUCGACUACCUUCUGGAUCCCGUCGGCAUAUAAAGAAGUAAAAUAUAUUCUUUUGAUUAUAUCAUUAUUCUUUAUGUUUGUCGGCAUGUUUACGCCACUUUUUUUCCUCCCAACAUAUGCAGUAUCAAGGGGAAUGGAUCCAACACUUGCCGGUUAUCUGCUUGCAAUUACCAAUGCAUCUUCUACAUUUGGCCGUAUAAUCCCCGGCGUCUUAGCAGACAAGUAUGGACGACUCAAUAUAUUCGCACUUGGAGGUGUUGUCACCGGGGUUGUUAUUUUCUGCAUGAACUCUGCUAUAACCGACCCCACUUUGAUUGGAUAUUCAGUUGCCUUUGGUUUUGUGUCAGGUACCAUCAUAUCUGGAGCAUCUGCAGCAUUUUCCCUUUGCCCCCAAGACCCACGAGAUAUUGGAACAUAUAUGGGGAUGGGGAUGUCUAUCAGCUCCCUCGGAGGCCUAAUAGGCCCUCCAGUCAAUGGAGCAUUCGUUGAAAGAUAUGGAAGCUUUUUCGAGGUAUCGAUGUUUAGUGGUACCAUGUGUUUGUUUGGUGGUCUUAUCGCGCUUGGAACUAAGUUCUAUACCGCCGAGGGUCCCCUGGGGAGGGUAUAA